ACGGUUUAGGGCGGAAGAGGCUGAGGUUGAGGGCGUGGUAAAGCCCCGCGGUGUGGCAGUCGGGGUUCACGUGCAGAUAGCCGUGGAUCUCUACCCCGGGACUUACCAUGGCGCAGCCGGGAUCUCUGAACCUCAACAACGAGGUUGUGAAGAUGAGAAAAGAAGUGAAGAGAAUCCGAGUUUUGGUGAUUCGAAAACUUGUCAGAAGUGUUGGCAGACUGAAGUCAAAAAAGGGUACUGAAGAUGCGCUAUUAAAAAACCAAAGACGGGCACAACGAUUACUUGAAGAAAUCCAUGCCAUGAAGGAAUUAAAACCUGAUACAGUAACUAAAUCUGCUCUUGGUGAUGAUAUUGACUUUGAAAAAAUCUGCAAAAAGCCAGAUUCUACUGCAACUGAAAGAGCAGUUGCCAGAUUAGCAGUACACCCUCUUCUGAAGAAAAAGAUAGACAUGCUAAAAGCUGCGGUCCAAGCCUUUAAAGAUGCGAGACAAAAUGCUACCAAAGUUGACUCGUCAAAGAAUACUUCAGAAGAAAAUCAUUAUAAAGAUACUUUGUGUUCAAAUGAUGAUGCAAGGAAAUUACAGCAUGAAGAAACUAUCACCAGUGAGCAAAAAGUGAAAGAAGCCAAAAUACUGGCAAAGAAACCAACAAAUAAUUCAAAGGAGAAAAUAGCCAAGGUGGAACAUGGACCCAAAACAGUGAACAUGACAGAAUCUCUGUCAAAGCCUUUGGGAAAGGAUUCUGUAGUUCUUUGUGAACCUGAGCAGACACCUGCUGAAACAAAAAUGAAAACAUUAAGUCAAACCAAAAAAAUGAAAGGGUCUGAUAGCUCAGUUGGUGGUAACAGUGAUAGUGAAGAAGAAUUAUAUGAAGAGGAAAAGGAGUAUUUUGAUGACAGCACAGAAGAAAGGUUCUACAAACAGUCUUCUGUGUCUGAGGAUAGUGACAGUGGUGAUGACUUCUUCAUUGGGAAAGCCAGGCGGACUCGAAGGAAGGAAAGUAGUUUCCAUUCUUCAGCUAAAGAACAAAAACCCCUCCAAGUGUUAUCCAAGGAAGAUACACAUGAAACACAUUUGAAUGUAAGAAAUGACAAAAACAAGCAAAGUACAGAAGCCAGGAAGUUAGAAUCAGUGUUUUUCUACUCUUUAUCUGGGUCUAAAAGCUCUAGAAGGGAUUAUAGAGAACAAGCUCCAAAGAGCAAAACCCCAGAUUUUCUGGAAAACAAACCUCAGAUUGAGAAUCAAUUUAAAAAGAAUGUACAAAAAGGACCUGAAAAUACAAAGCAGCAGUUACACCUGCCUCUUCAUCCUUCUUGGGAAGCAAGCCGGAGGCGUAAAGAACAGCAAUCUAAAAUUGCUGUGUUUCAGGGGAAAAAAAUUACAUUUGAUGAUUGAUUACUGCUUCUUUUUGCUAUUUGUGGAUUUUUCAUCUAAAAGUUAUUUUCCUGUCCCCCCCCCUUAGUGGGGGGGGUUUUUUUUUAAUUAGACUUAUUUUACCUUAUAUCUGAGUCAGUCUUAUUGGAGGGUUUAUAGAAUGCUAAGUGAAAGUUCAAGGUUUGUUUACAUAUGUCUUUCAGAAAUCAAGUAUAUACUCAAAUUCAUUUAUAAUAGUAUUCCUUAAUUAUUUCUUCCAUAAAAGAAUUUGGGAAUUACAGUAAUCUUAGGAUUUCUCAUUUGCUUGUAGCAUGAAGUAUAUUUCACUGGUUUAACUUUUGUCAUGAAAAUAAAUGCCAAGGUAUAUUUAAAAUAAUAAUAGAAAAAUUUGGGGAACUCUUAGUUAUUUAAAAUAUAAUACCUUUGUUAGAAGUUAGUCUUUGGAACAAAACAAAAGUAGUUACUUUAUUAUGGGUGUACAGAGAUAAAUUAUAUAAAUAAAUAUUAAUUUUAUUACAGUUCUAAUUGUGGUCAUG